CAGCGACGUUUUUAAGUCGGAAGAGGAGAAGUUGCUGUCCUCCGUGCUCCGUAUAAACGCAGUUGCUGUCCUCAGUGCUCAGUUGACGCCGCAGCUAGGCCGGGAGGUCCGAAGGUAUUAAAGACGCUGGCUGAUUCCGAGCACUAGAGCUCACCGCCGCCUGCAGCGAUGGCCGACUUCUCUUGGCUCACGGUGCUUGGCUUCCUCUUCCUCACCUUCAACUCCGGCAUGGCGAUUUAUCGCUCCAACGGCGACGCUGGCUCCGUCACCUUCGUCGUGGUAUCUUACCUCGACCUGCUGGCCCUCUUCGCCUGCCUGCGCUACUACGAGCAGUUGGAUCGCCACUCCCCCAAGCGCGCGACGGUCAAGGCUGGGGUUUGGAGCCUCACGACGCUCCUUACGGUCAUGUUCAGCUACAAAGUCGCUGAGAUUAUGCCCCUGCCCGUCAAAAUUCUUGUCUGGUCGAUGGCAGCGGCUACCUCCUGUGGCGGCUUCUACGCUUUCUUCGUCCACGACGAGAAGCCUGUCCUGCCAGCGGCGGCGCCACCGGCCGCCGCGGUCAAGGAAGCAGACUCCAACUAAGUUCGUUUGCCACCACAUGGCGCAUACCGUUGUUUCGGCACCGCGCGUUAGAUCCCAGGGCCAUCUAGGUUGUUCUCUAAUUGCUAAUUUCUUGGCUUUUUCUCUUCCCCUUUCCACCAUUUUUGCUGUCACUUCGGUUGUUUUAGCUUGCCGGCGUGGACAGACUGCCAGAUCUGGAGCUCGGUGUGACCAGAUCCGCUGCUGCUGUGCCCGAUGGCAGGGGAAAUCUCUCAGGUUUGCUCUGCUGCGGGUCAAAGAGAAGAUGAUGACGACAACUAAGCUUAUUGGGUUGCCGCAAAUUGGACUUUCUGGUGUUCUAAUUGUGCGUGUUCUCACCAAGAGAAGAAAUUUUCGGUCUCAUCUAGUAAUAAGUAUGCUGGAUAGUUCUCCAGCACGGGAGUUAAUUGCAUCAGGAAAAGGGGAGACCAAGGGCAGAGUAGUAGAGCUAUUGAUACAGAGGAUAUCUGUGUAUAUGGAAUAUAUGGAGACUACAUGUGAACAAGGAGGUUUAUUUGUGAACCUCAAAUCAUGGCGAUCGAGAGCAGAUCAAAAGGAGGCUGGGAGUAGCAAGGAAGCAGACGAAGAGAGGAGGAAGACUGAAGAUCUGAAGAACCUAAGGAGUACAACUACAGAAGAAUGGAAGAAGCAAAGAUGCAAGGGCGAAGGGCGGACAGUACUAGAAUUCAUUUCUGUACCAAGAUCUAAACUUCCAUCAGUGAUUCCGGUAUGCAUGGCACUGCUUCUCUCAAGAUGUGGUCUACAUCUCGUCUGAGUUUGAGGUACUGGUUGAAUCAUUACCUAUUAUAGAUAUGUUCCAAAGAAUGAGUUUGUUCAUAUUUCUUGAAGAAAGCUUCAUGAAUCAUUCAAGAAACAUGCUGGAAUCCAAAUAUCUUCAUGAAAAGAAAAUGGGUUUAUAUCAUAUUGGUAGUCAUGCAUGCUUCCAUAUGGUGUUUCGUUCUUGGGAUUCAGAGCAGAACAGAGGAGGAAAGCUGAAGAAGAUGACAAAUUAGUGGAAGGAACAAAGAAGCAACACACAGCAGUUUAUGAUAUUGAUCAUUAUUUCAUGAUCGUAUGAUAUCAACCUUGCAAGUUCAUCAAUUAGCAGCUGCAACACUGAUAUUCAAAACAAAUAAUUUUGUUCGACGUAUGACCAAUAUCUCCAAUGAAUCCAAGAAAUUUGAAGCAUUAGGCAACACAUUGCUAUGCUUGAAGGCAUGAGCUUCCUUAUUUCUUCAAGAAGAUUUCAGCAUUGUCACAAAUGUCAUCCUGGUACUCUGCCUCGAUUCAACAUGUUGAACAUCAAGUAUGCUUGAGAAGUUGAGAGCAUGAGCGUCCUUGUUUCUUCGAAAAUAUUUCAGCACUAUAAAAGAGCUUCACUGUUACUCUGCCUGGAUGUAACAAGGUAGAAAUACUAGUCACUGAACUGUAUUCAGUUAUUGAAGAAGGGUUCAUGAAUCAUUCAUUAUGCUUGGUGGGAGUAGAUAUAUUCCAUGACUACGAGCUAGCAGAUUUAUUUGGUGGUAUUCACUCCUCUUGAACAAAUUAUUUUGCCAAUCACACCAUGAAGAAAACAUGCAUCUGAAGAAUGAAGGACAUUUGUAGCAGAGAAUAGAAUGGAGAUCCGAACCAAGAGAAUUAUUCAUGGAGGUUUCAUGAACAAUCUGCAUGCUUCCACAUGAGUAUCGUUUUAGGAGUUUGAAGUUUAUAUGGUGGUCAAUCUCUCUGCGAGUUUAAGGCUAUAGCGCAAUCAUUGUCAUUCAUCUGCUAAUAUAUCAACUGGUGGGUUCUAUUAACUUCAAGGAAGCUUUGUGAAACAAUCAGAAUACUUGCUGGAACACAGAUAUCUUCCAUGCAUAAAAAGUAGAUUUAUUUGGUGGUCAUGCAUGUUCCAUAUUUUCCCAUCUUGAACAUAUCUACUCUGCCCAAGGAAGUACCGAAGCGGACAUGUAUUGAACAAUGAAGGUGGUUUGUAUAGGUAAAAUGGAGUGGAAUGCUGAACAACGAGGGAAUGAGGACGGCAGAAAGUGACAUCCUGUUUGAGUUUAUUAGGAUACAGAUAACUGUACUCAGUGGGCAAUUUCUGGAGAAUAACAUCAUUGUUUUCUGUCAUGCAUAAAAGCUGUCGAUGCAUAGCUAUUGGAAUAAUGAAUUGAUGGGGUGGAAGUUUCGUGGAAAUCCAGCAUCUAUUGAUAAUGGACAGAACACCAGGUAGAAUAAAGGGAGACAACUGCACAGCAGCGGAUUUGCAGAGGACCAGCGAAUACACGACAACGAUGAAGCUAUUAUUGAUGCUAGCCGGCAAGCUGACAGCAAAGGUGAAAGCUUUUCAAAACUAUUUUGAGUGGAAGAGAAAAGGCCAAGAUACAUUUUGAAUAUGACAGGAUAUUUUAAAAUCUAGCUGGCCCAGGUCUAACGUGUGGUCGCUGUAGCCUAAGGUAAGUGCUGCGUGGUGGCAAACGUCAAUUAAGGAUUUUACGUAUGUGGUUUAGGCUCAAGUUAUGUUUGCAUUAUGGGAUAUCUAUGUACCUACAAACUCUAUGUAGUAUGUGCUUUAUGUGGCUUGCUUGGUCGGUCUCCGCGAUGGUCAGGUACUUCUCUUUGCUGUUGCAAAUUUCACUCUUGCUGUUUUCGAAUUCCACAUGAGUCCAGAUAAAUAAAGUUGUAAGAUAUGCAGGGGACUGCUAUUUGUUAAACAAUGAGUCUUUUGUGUUGUGCCUAUGCUGUAAUUCAGUGCAUUUAUUUCUUGUUGCUCACA